GAAAGAGAGUAUGGGUAAACAGAACUGUGAUAGUCAUAAAAUGUCAAACCUAAUUCCAAUCUGAUAAAAAGUGACUUAUAUAUCUGGGAAAACAUUACAGGAGACUUGAACAAGUUGAAGCAUUUUUUCCACUUCUACCAAUUGGGGUUUUCGACAGGUUUCACUACAGAUCAGCAUCACAGACAACUGCAAAUUUGUAACAGCUUUUAAUUUAAAACUAUGGAGAGAAUCGGGUGUGGGUUUGUACAGCCGGCUGCACUCAAAGGCGAUACCAUUUCUACCAAUAAUGGCAUCCAUAAUUUCACCAUUACAGAUUCCUCCAGCCACUUUUCUUUCUCUCUCAAAAAUUAUGGUGGUUUAGAUUAUAUAAACCCAAAGGUUAAUUGCAGCAAUAAAUCUGGUGAAAUGGGCAAAAACGCUGGAAUAAUGAGCUCGAAAGGCAUCCACAAAUUUGUUGAGAGAAAAAGGCGGAGAGACAUGAAAACACUGUUUUCUGCGUUGAGAUCCUUACUGCCGGAAGAAUUCGUUAUGGGAAAAUGUUCAACAGCAGAACAGUUAUCAGAAAGCGCUAACUAUAUUAACCAUCUGCAUGAAAAGAUUAAGAAGCUUACACAAACAAGGGAGGAGAUGAGAAAAGAAAAAUUGUGCAGAAAUCUGUCUUUUACUGUUCCAUCUGAAACUUGCCCUAUUGUUAAAGUAAGUUGUCAUGACUGGGGUGUUUUGGUGUCAACAAACACACCAAAGUGUCAGAUCGCCUUGUCUGAUCUUCUGCUUGUAUUGGGAAAUAAUGGCCUGGAUAUCUCUAGUGCUGUUGCUUGUGCCAUGAAUGACAAAGUCUUGCACACCAUACAUGCCAAGGUUGCAGAUCUUCAUAGUUUUGACAUCAAAACUUUAUAUCAACGUAUUUGGAACUUGGUAAGUGAAAAGACUUCGGAUGCAAAGGCACUUCAUAAGUGAGGAUUGACCAUAGCUUGUAAUAAUCUGCAUUUUAAUGCACUCCUCCUGAUCUGAAAUUCCAUAAAGGAGGAGUGCGUUAAAAUACAGAUUAUUACAAGGGAGUGUUGAUAGAAUUUCAUGGGAUUCACUAGUGAGGAUUGAAAGAUUUUCUACAGAAUAAUGUAAAUACUGUAUAUAAAGCCUUGUUUAUAUCAAGAAUUCAUGAAAAAGUGCGACUUCAGCGUUAUUUUGGACUACCACCUAAAUAUAUAGGAACGUAUAGUGUAAUAAAUAGAAGAUUCCUCUGCAACAAAGCAAAUAAGUACUUUUAUAGAUUUUAUUUGUGAACAGAAAUAGGUGAUUCCUUG